AUGGCCCGCCCAGAAAGAGUACUAGCACGCUGGGCUUACUUUUGGUCAAUUCAUUGGCUACAAAUGUACCGCGCACCAAGCUUUUGCCGGCAAACUACAAUCAAGGUACCUUACCUUAGCACGGUAUCCGCCCAGCUUUUCUGCAAGCUCUCCAAGCUGCCUAGGCAAGUGCGCCUGAUUUCUGAGCGCGCCUUCCAAUCCUCCUCUCCCGCAUGCACUUCAUCGUCCGGGCAUGCUCUUUCUAGUCCUCGAGACUUUCUGGCGAACAUUGAUAUCCAACCUUCGGUCGCAUCACCGAGUCUACCGUCACCAGCUAUUCUCUCUUGCGCCGCGGCCCUAGACAUCUGGGCAAGCCUCAUUCCUGCCUACGAUUCUGACUUGCACUUGACAGAGACUGCUUGA